AUGGAGACGCUGCCGGAGCCGACGAUUACUGCCCACCGUCGCACGUAUGGGGGCAACAAUGCAUUCCACAACUUCGCAAAUGACUACUCCCACAUACAAGACCCCAAUCUUCGAAGGAGACUCGCGCUGUCCGAGAUCGAUAAGACACCUUUUGGUUCAUAUCAUGUCAGAGCCGUAUUGAUAGCGGGCGUGGGGUUUUUCAUCGAUAGCUACGAGAUAUUUGCGAUCAAUCUCAUCACGAUCUUCCUGGGCAUGGUGUUCUGGCAGGGCUCACCAGAAGACUCGCGAAAUGGCUUCGGCGGUAACAACGGCCAUCUUCCUACGUCGGUCAACCAGGCCCUCAAGGCUUCGACGAGCGCGGGGAUAGUCAUCGGCCAGAUCCUCUUCGGGUGGCUGGCUGAUUUUCUAGGACGUCGGAAGAUGUAUGGCGUCGAGCUUGGCAUUAUUUUGGUGGCGACGAUGAACUUCGCGCUGGCGAGCCCAAGCCAGUCGAUGAACUCCACGGCCUUGUUAACGCUUCAUCGCGUUAUAAUGGGUGUUGGUAUUGGUGGUGAUUACCCAUUAUCAUCAGUUAUAACAUCAGAGUACGCACCCACAAGGUUUCGAGGCGGAAUGAUGGCAAGCGUCUUUUCCAUGCAGGGUUUUGGCCAACUACUGGCUGCGAUCGUCGCCCUGGUCGUCACAGUCGCCUUCAAGGAAUCCUUCAUCGGCGUCGCAGACGUGUCCGAGUGCGACACAAACUGCCAGAUCGCCGCCGACAGGUGCUGGCGCAUAAUAGUUGGCGUGGGAGCGCUGCCAGCAGUAUUUGCGCUGUAUUACAGAAUCACCAUCCCUGAGACGCCAAGGUACACAUUCGAUGUUGUUCACGACGUGGAGAAGGCGGAUUCCGAUAUCAACUCUUUCCUCAGCAAAUCAAAGGGAGAAAUAGAUACUGUGAGGCAGGCUCGCCUUCUGAAGGUUGCCGGGCCAUCACUAACGACGCCGGCGGCUUCCUGGCGGGACUUGGGGUCUUACUUCGGACGUUGGAAGAAUAUGAAGGUACUGCUUGGCACAACACUCAGCUGGUUCUUCCUCGAUCUCGCAUUCUACGGGCUAGGGCUGAACAAUUCCAUCGUCCUCUCCGCGACAGGCUAUGUCAACGGCGAAACCCUCUACCACAAACUCUACAACAACGCAGUAGGUCUCAUAAUACUGUCCGUCGCCGGGGCCCUUCCCGGCUACUUGGCCGCGGUCUUCACCAUCGACACCAUAGGCCGAAAACCCCUUCAGAUCGGCGGUUUCCUUGUCCUCACCGUACUCUUCUGUAUCCUGGGCUUCGCAUACCACCACCUCAAAGCGGGCUCCAUGUUUGCGCUCUACAUCAUUUCAAUGUUCUUUUUCAAUCUAGGUCCCAACACGACCACCUUCAUCGUACCGGGGGAGUGCUUUCCCACGCGCUACAGAGCUAGCGGCCACGGGCUAUCCGCCGCUGCAGGGAAGAUAGGGGCCAUCAUAGCCCAGAUUAUAUCCCUCCCACUCAUGACCAAAGACGGGGGUGCCAGGCUGGAUAUCCUCUUGCAGAUCUUCGCACUAUUCAUGCUAUGCGGGCUGUUCACAUCAUUCCUUAUCCCCGAGACAAAGGGGCUUACAUUAGAAGAGCUGGCUGGCGAACCGCCGACAAGCUACAACUCGGGACGCAACGGGAGCAUCUCGUUUGACUCGGUGCCAAAGCACCGUUGGAACCCCUUCGGCGGCGGGAAGCCCGCAGGGUUCAAUUACUCGCGCUCCAGAGGGAUGAAGAGGACGUGGAGGCGGAGCCCAACGGUGGGCUCGAUGAGCAGUCCCGAGAUGGCUGCCGCGGCGGUCACGUCAGACCCGGAGACGUGCAAGCCGGCGCCGGUAAGGAGAGAAUGGUGGAGGAAGGCCAGGCGGCAAGGUUCCGGCGGCAGGUCUCAGAGUGGUGAUUUCGGCAUGAGCAGCAGCACCUCAUCGACGAGGAUGAUUGGUGUUGAUCCCCCAAUAUCUCCUCCGCCGGGCAGCGUUCCUGCUUGGAAUGCGGGCUGGGGCAGGAUUGAUCGGGGCGCAGCGCCAGAUCAGUUCAUUCGUUUACAAGACGUGGGAGGCUUAAUGGAGUAG